CUAAUCGAUAUUGAAUAUCGUUGUGGUUGUUGUUGUUGUUGUGAUUUUGAUAACAGAUUUUCAAUCAGAUAGUUUUAAAUUGCCAUCAUCAAAAAAGAUAACGGCAAUUUUUGAUUGUUUUUUUGUUGUUGUUGUUAUUAUUAUUUUGCCCUCACACGACGAUCGAUUCACAAAAUCAAUCGAUGGAUAAAAUGUUACCACACACCCCUUUCGAUUGAUUUAUUGUCUGUGUGUGUGUGUGUGUGUUUCUCUUUUAAAUAAGUCUUAUAUUAUAAAUGUGUUUAUAGAAUAAUGAAUAUCAACGAUAAAAUUCGUGUUGAUGAUGAUAAUCUUAAAAAUUAUGAAAUUAAAAAAUUGGUUGGUCAAGGUGAAUUUUGUGAUGUUUAUAAAGCUAUAAAUCGAAAUGAUAAACAAAUUGUGGCAUUGAAACGACUGAAAAUACAGCAUGGCCAAACACGUAUUGAAUGUUCACGUGAGAUAUUAGUGUUACGUCGAUUGAAUCAUCCGAAUAUAAUUAAACAUUUGGAAUCAUUCUAUGCACAUAAUGAAAUUUAUAUUGUACUUGAAUAUGCUGAUGCUGGUGAUUUAUCAAAAAUGAUAAAAUAUCUACGUGAUAAUAAUAAAUUAUUAUCUGAAAUGGCAAUUUUGAAUUUUUUUGGCCAAAUAUGUGAUGCAUUGAAUUAUAUGCAUUCAAAAUCUAUAAUGCAUCGUGAUAUAAAACCAGCUAAUGUAUUGGUCAAACAGAAUCGUACAGUUAAAUUAGCUGAUUUUGGUUUCAGUCGUUUAUUAUCAUCGAAUACAAAAAAUGCCGAUACAUUAGUCGGUACACCAUAUUAUAUGGCACCUGAACGACUUGAUAAAUUAAAAUAUAGUUUUCCAGCCGAUAUAUGGUCAAUGGGAUGUUUAUUAUAUGAAUUAAUCAUAUUGUAUCCACCAUUUUAUGAACCAAAUCAAUGUAUAGAUAUGUUGAUUAGAAAAAUACAUAAAUUAGAUUAUAAACCAAUCUAUUCAUCAGCAUAUAGUGAUGAAAUACGACAAAUAAUUGAUAAAUGUUUACGUUUAUCACCAAAUGAACGUUUGGAUAUACGACAAAUAUUGGUAAAGAUUAAUAUGAUCAAGCAACAACAUUCAACAUCGACAACAAUGUUGAAUAAAAAUGAAGAAUGUAAAAAUUUUCAUAAUGAUGAUGAUCAUCAUCAUCAUCAUCAUCAAUUUGAUUUCAAAUUACCAAUCACUAGACAACGGUCUAAAUCUCAUGGCCAUCCUAUGGAUCAAAUUGUAGAUGAUAAUAAUGAUAAUGAUAAUGAUGAUGAUGAUGAUGAUAAUGUUAUGGAUAUUAAACAAAUUCAUCAUCAUCAUCAAUCAUCCACAUCUACAUCAUCUCCAUCAUCAUCAUCAAAUGCCCAAAGUUGA